AUGACUUCCACCCUCCAAAACCACGGAAUCGUCAAAACAGCGAUUGGAGAAGCAAGUUUACAGCCAAUACCUGUCCCUCGGCUUCUAUAUGAUUAUAUUCUCGUAGAAACAAUUGCGGUAUCACUGAACCCUACGAACUGGCAAACGGUAGGAAAUGAUAUCGAGCCAGAAGAUGGAACAUUCGCAUCAUAUAUUAUGGUCAAAGGCGAUGUUGCGUUCCAUAUUCCGGAUCGUGUCAGUUUCGAGAAAGCUGCAUCGUUAGGUUGUGGAGUCACAACUGUUGCGUUGGGUCUUUACAAGUAUCUGUCUUUAUCUCUUCUUGCGUUUCCGCCUUCCAUACCAGAUCCUAAAAGCAGAUUUCCCAUUUUGGUUUACGGAGGAAGCUCGGCAACAGGGACAUUAGUUAUUCAGUCUGGAUUGGAAGUAAUCACUACUUCAUCACCAAAGAACUUUGAGUUAUUGAAAGGCUUGGGUGCGGAUCAUGUUCUGAAUUAUCAUGAUCCAACCUGCGGAGCUAAAAUUCGCUCUCUCACCCAAAACAAACUUCACCACGUCUUUGGCACAAUCGCAAAUACAUCCAGCGCCCAUAUUUGUGCAGAUGCACUCUCCAGUUCCGGCGAUAACCUUUAUGUAAAUCUUAUGGGUGUAGAGAUGCCUCGAGAUGACGUGAAGAGUGUCUUCUUUCUCGGCUACUCGGUCACUGGUGAAGCUUACGAGAUGGAAGGUAAUGUAAGGCCUGCCGCACCUGAAGAUUUUGAGCUUGGGAAGAAGGUUUUUGUUUUGUUAGAGAAACUGUUAGAAGAUGGUUUAAUUAGAAAUCAUCCAGUUAGGUCAAUGAAUGGUGGAUUGAUUGGGAUAUUGGAAGGAAUGAGAGAUUUGAAAGAGGGGAAGGUGAGCGGAGAGAAGUUAGUUUAUAGGGUUCGAGAACCUUAG